UACAUUUUUUUUAACCUCUAAAUUAUACUCAGCAGCAGCCAAUUAUUUCGACAAUGUACUUAUAACUGAAUUGCACUGGAUUUUUCGAACCACUUCACAGCUAGUGAUUAAAUGUAUAUAAUAGAUUACAAAUAUUUUUGGCAGUAUUUUUGUGGUUCUCUUUCUCACUUCACACAUAGAAACUAUACAUACGCAUAAUAUAUUUACAAAUACUAUCAUUUAUAACCAAUAUAAUUCUUAUAAUUGAUAAUAUUAUCAUAAAAUAACUCUAUCCUGAUCUCAAGUGUUCCAGCUAAUGAUAAGUUACAGACUAUAAAAGCGCUGGUAAAAAUGGUUUAGCUCAGUAGAUUAUGUGGAGAUAUCAGUAUGAAAUUGUUCAUAGCACUAGUGGUCUCAUUUGCAGCAGUGAGUGCUCUCCCCAUCGAGGAGCCCGUCAACGGCGAAAAUGGAUGGUUUGUGCCCCAAGAAGAUGGUAGCUUUGUGUGGAUGAACAUAGAAGACGCUGAGAAGCUCUUAGAGAGAAGUGAGCUCACUGAAAGUCGUUCCAAUAACGUCUCCUUCUACCUGUACACCAAACAUAACCCAACCGAAGGCAAAGAGAUUAUGGCCGAUGCGUCCUCAAUUGAAGACUCUCAUUUCGAUAAGAACCACGGCACUCGUUUUGUGAUCCAUGGAUGGAAAGGACGUUACACCGAUAGCAAUAAUGUCAAUAUCACAAAGGCCUGGCUUUCAAAGGGGAACUAUAACGUGAUCGUUGUUAACUGGGAUCGCGCCCAGUCGUGGGACUAUAUACCUUCAGUGCUAGCUGUUCCUGGAGCUGGAACAAAGGUGGGACAGAUGAUAGAAUACCUUCACCAACAUCACGACAUGUCCCUGGAGAGUCUGCAGGUGAUUGGACACAGUUUGGGUGCCCAUGUUGCUGGCUAUGCAGGAAAGCAUGUGGGGGACAAAAGGAUCCACACAAUAGUUGGUCUAGAUCCCGCCAUGCCUCUAUUUUGCUACGAUAGGCCCGACAAGCGUCUGUCCACCGAGGAUGCCUUCUAUGUGGAGUCCAUCCAGACCAAUGGGGGAGAAAACGGCUUCCUUAGGCCCAUUGGCAAGGGCACCUUCUACCCGAAUGGGGGGAGGAAACAACCAGGAUGUGGUAUUGACAUUUUAGGAUCCUGCUCCCACCAGCGAUCCGUGAGCUACUAUGUGGAGGCUGUUACCGAGGAUAACUUCGGUACCAUCAAGUGCAACGAUUACCAGGAUGCGUUGGCCAAUGAGUGCGGAAGAACCUAUAGUGGCGUUCGAAUGGGAGCAGUUACCAAUGCCUACAUGGUCGAUGGCGACUACUAUGUACCAGUUAACCGUCACACUCCCUUCGGCAAUAUCAAAUAG